GAUUGGACAAAUCGACGUUUGGAUCUUUGUUUAUUAAAUCGCAUACGUCCUUUUGAAUAAGUAUCAGAGAAUUGACGGUACAAUCAGCUGAUUAGUUGGCAUCGGUUUUAAAUAUAAUGAAUAUGAUAAUCGUUAAGAACUUCUAAUUGUCGCUGCGCAUCUAGUAAACUAAUUUUGAAAUCCUUCAGUAGAGAUGCUUACCGGAAAAGGAAGUCCAGCAUCCGACGACGAUGACUUUUUCAAACCCGCUUCCAACUCAACUCUAGCCAAAAUUUUUGGUGUUUCGAAAAACAGUACUGCUGCGAGCAGAAAAUCUCCUGAAACCGCAAAUCAGAGUAAGGUGUCGGAUCGCUAUGGGGCAUCCUCCUUUCGAUACAUUCCGCCACAGCAAGCCAUUGAUUCAACUACCGAUGGUGAUCAUCCGGAGCAUAAGCGGCCGCCAGAAUGGAACUUGUUACAAGCUAGUGUGGUAACCGCAUACAAACUAAUCAAUGAAACGAACACACCACAAGGGAAACUGGGCUUAGCAUUGCUCCGUUCCGAAUUCGCGUUUAGGAUUCUGAUUUAUCGAACCAAAACCGACGCCCUGACAACACUCAAUUUACAAGUUGGUACUAAACUGUUCCUGAAAAAUGAAUACCUUCAAUUUCGAAGUGAUGACGAUGGAUUCUGGAGUGUGUUGUUUGAAGCUGCCGACGAGCGCGAUCGGUUGCUCAACACAAUCCAAGAUGUUUGUAUUUUAGAACUUGAGCAACCUCAGCAGAGAGUUCCUCCAAUUCCGGCAUCGAGAACUGUUCCAAUAGUUGAGGAACCAGAUUCUGACGCUGAAAAAGGCAAAGCUAGUUUGAUCUCGCGAAUGGCCCGAGUAGGCAAACCUAUUUUGCCCCAGGAUAAUCCCGUAUCGACUACAGAAGUCAGCGACUCCUCCGAUACGGAUGCUCAUUUCGAAACGAUUGCUCGUCCAAACAUUCCUCAUCGUCGGACAGGCGGUGCCAGUACCACUGGGAAAAUUCAUCAAGCACCGAUUGGGCUACAAAUGAUUCCAUCGGCCGCAAAUGCCCUCACAACUGCAAUUGCAGGACAGAACUUGCUACACACAGCCACUGAUGUUAAUUUCAAUCUAUUCAUGACAGAGAGCCGAAUGCAAGGUACGGAGGUACGAAUGAACUUAUCGAAACUGGAAUCGAAACUUGAUCGUGUAUUAGAUAAAAUCGAUUUGUUAAAUUUGAAUAGUGCAGAUGAUGGAAAAUCGUCUACUGAUAAGGACCAAGAUAUGUUACUACUAGAAGAAAAAAUCCUGGAGCUAAAAAAAGAAAACCUAGCAUUGAAAGCAAAAGUUCGUGCCAUGGAAACCAAAGUUAGUACAAAAAAUGAAGAUGUACUCAAGCAAAAACUAUCCGAAUCAGAGAUUCGAUAUACAGAAUUACAACUAAUGGUGGAAGCACUUCAGAAAGAUUUGGUAGCUAGUCGUGAUACAAAUAAAUCAGAUUUCAGAGAAUUCGAACGAAUAAAAAAAGAACAAGAGGCAAACAUCGAAAUGGUGCAAAAUAAAUCCAAAGAAAUCGAAUUAUUGACUGAACAGCUCAAAGAUGUUCACAAAAAGAUCCUAACGUUGCAGGAAAACAAUUCAAUGUUGAUGAAACAAAACGAGGAAUUACAAGCAACGAAUAAAACCAUGGCGCAGGAACUGAGCACAAUACAAACGAAAUCAUCGGAAACCGAAUUGCAUUUCGACGAGCUUGUCAAAACUAUUAUGAACAACUGUUUCCAGCGGAUGUGUGACCAGAUUAGCGAUGCCCGAACACUGAAGAUUGUGGGUCAAACAAUCAAACAAGAAACCAAAGCUGCGUUGGCCCGGCGACGGACAGAAUAAGUCAAGGUAGUCACGUGUAUUCUUGUUGACGUUCGAAUUUACUUUCGAACGGUAUUAGUUUCUCAAUUUUAACGAGUGUUUAUAAUAUCCCCCGUUAGCGAUAAUAGAGGUGAAUGAUCGUAAAACUGUAGAUACCAAA